CGCUGCUCUUCUAUAAAAUGGCAGCAAUGAGGGAUGAAAGGAGAAACAGAGAUUCAAAGAAACCAAAGAGACACCUCACGACCGAACCUGUCCCGUUGCUGUGUGUGUUUGUCGCCCAGGGACGAGGGGAUCUGCGGGUGUGACUGUGGACGGAGCAAGCUCCAUUGUGCGUGGAUCCACAGAGUCAGGCUCUAGCAGCCUCCCUCAACCGCAGUAAGCCCAGCACAGCUCUACCUCCCACCCAGCUGACAUGGCUCCCACUCUGGCCACAGCGUUCUCUCGCCGCUGGUGGAUGGCGGUGACGGCAGUCAUUGAGAACCUGCUUUUUUCAGCUGUGCUGCUUGGCUGGGGCUCCCUGCUUAUCAUGUUAAAGUCAGAGGGCUUCUACUCCUACCUGUGCAAAGCACCAGAAAACAGCUCCAGCCUCAACCUCACCAACACAUCCACCACUCACGCUGAUGAGGAGGAGGAGUAUCUGGAGUUGAACGGCUGGCCCAUCUGCAAAGACCAGGAUGAGAUGUUGAACCUGGCCUUCACUGUGGGCUCCUUCCUGCUGUCGGCCAUCACACUACCUAUGGGCAUCGUCAUGGACAAGUACGGCCCACGUAAACUGCGACUCCUGGGCAGUGCCUGCUUUGCCUUCUCCUGCCUCCUCAUCGCCUACGGAGCCAACGAUCCGAACAACCUGUCUAUCCUGAUCUUCUUCGCCUUGGCCAUGAAUGGGUUCGGAGGCAUGUGUAUGACUUUCACCUCUCUGACGCUGCCUAACAUGUUCGGAGAUUUGAGGUCCACCUUUAUUGCCCUGAUGAUUGGAUCCUACGCCUCCUCUGCUGUCACCUUCCCUGGCAUUAAAGUGAUUUAUGAUCUGGGUGCCACCUUCAUCACCAUUCUGCUUGUUUGGGCGGGCUGUGCCUGCCUCGUCUUCUUAAACUGCUUUGUCAACUGGCCUCUGGAGCCUUUUCCCGGCCCAGAAGAUAUGGACUUCACGGUAAAGAUCAAGUUCAGCUGGCUGGGCUUUGACCAUAAGAUCACUGGAAAGCAGUUUUAUCGACAAGUGACGACCGUGGGACGCCGUCUCAGUGUGGGCAACUCCAUAAAGCAGCAACACCAGCCGCCCAAAGACUUGGCCACGCAGGAGGCCAACAAGCUGUGCCUGUCCACUGUGGACCUGGAGGUGAAGUGCAAGACGGAGGAGGAAACCCAGUCCUUCAUGAAGAGUAUCUUCAGUCCCAUCUUCUUGCUGAGUCUCAUCACUAUGUGUGUGACCCAGCUACGCUUAAUCUUUUACAUGGGGGCCAUGAACACCAUCCUGGAGUAUCUGGCAGAUGGAGACCUCAGUACCGUGAGCGUCUAUACAUCCAUCUUUGGUGUGCUCCAGCUUUUGUGUUUGGUCACCUCUCCUGUGAUUGGUUACGUCAUGGACUGGAGGCUUAAAGACUGCGAGGAUGAAAAUGAUAAGCUGACCAAGAGGGAGCCCGGUCAGCCCCGGCGCCCAGACAAACAGAUUCAGAAGAUAAUCAACGCCACCAGAGCCUUCAUUUUCACAAACCUGCUACUGGUUGGUUUUGGAUUCACCUGCAUCAUCCCUAACCUUCCCCUUCAGAUUCUGUCAUUUAUCUUGCACACUAUUGUCAGAGGCUUCAUCCACUCUGCAGUUGGAGGCCUCUAUGCUGCUGUGUACCCAUCCUCUCAGUUUGGCAGCUUGACGGGCAUGCAGUCUCUGAUCAGCGCUCUGUUCGCCCUGCUCCAGCAGCCUCUCUUUUUAGCUAUGGUGGGACCUCUGGAUGGCGAUCCAUUAUGGGUGAAUGUUGGCCUCUUAGCGCUGAGCAUGCUGGGAUUCUGCCUUCCUUUCUACCUGCUGUUCCACAGCCGCCACCUCCAACGCUUGAGAGAUGAGCAAGACGAAGAUCCCAAGAUCUAUGUCAAGAUCAAUAACGGCAGCAAACCGGAGGCCUUCGUCUAGACAAGGAAGAGGAGCGGAGAGGAAGAUGAGCAGAGAGGAGGAAGAAGAGAGUGGUGGAGUUCUCUUUUUUACAUGGAGGACGUCACUCAUUCACUCUGUCCUCCCUGGCACUGCAGCGUCUCUCACAGUUUGUUUGCACUCAGAUGUGUCACAUAUCCCUCACAUUCCCCCUCAUACACCAUGAGACUGCCAUUGUGGUGUAGCAGAACUACCACUCCACUGCAACCCCUGGUUUAUCCUCUUUAUGUACACUCACUCUGCACUGUGAGAAACACAUAGCUGCUUCAGCCCACUGGAGGAGUGUAUGUAGGGGCUGAAAAUGCUCCAACCACUCCCUCAACUGCAUCUUGUAACUGAGGAGAAAAUUGACGAAUGGGGAAAAGACUCUUCAACUCCCCAAAUGACUCCUCUUCAUACCUGCAGUUUUGUUGUUUCUUUUCAGCCGUUAUACACCUGUCAUUGAGGGUCAACUGGUUCUACCAGUCUGUCCUCCUAGUUCAAAGAAGAUGCCAACCAUGGGAGCCCACAAUGAAGAGACUUUGGAGACAAAUAUUAAAUUCUCAGUGACAGUAUUGUACUUUUAGCAAAAACCAGAGUGUUUUUGUAAUAGACCUGCCUGGUGUCGUUUUGAUUUGUGAGGAUAGUAUCCUCUGGGAGAUAAAACAAAAAAGCAGCCAAACACCCGUUGUUAAGGCAUCUCUGCUUCCUCUUUCCCCUGGAGGGUGUUACCUGGAUACAGAUUCACAGUAUUGGUAGCAGUUCAGACUCAAACACACCUAGUAAGAGUGAGUUAAUCAUGAAAAUACUGCAUGAUACCAGAGACAAAGCUGGUCAUCUCAACACUCAACUUACCACCAGUUACUUUCGUAUUUGUAUUGUUGAUUUUUUUUCUUUCCACCCAAAUGUAUGUAAUUUCUUUUAAUAUGAUCUCUGAAUUCCUGUUUAAUCUUUGUUCCUUUCAUAUAUGAUCAGAUGAUGUGGAGAAUGAAUUGUUUUUAGACUAGGUAGACAGGACACAGAUACUGUAGAGUGUGCUUAAACGUUAGAGUGAGCCAUUUAGGCGUUGAUUCGUUGUAGCAAUAAGUGCUUCUGUGAGGUGCUGGGUAACAUUUUAACACAUUAUCAUACAGACUGAGGUGACAUCUCACAGACAGAAAGACAGGGAAACAGGCAGCAUUGUGGACAUUUCAUGGACUGUAUGUGUUUAUCAAAAGGUGCUAGAUGAAUCACAGAAAUGCAUAAUUUAUAUUUAUCUUUAAAGUGCAAGUGAGGUCAAUUCUGUGCAACAAUUUAGAAAAGUUUCUUCAAGAGCUAAAUGUGGGUGACAUUUUUUUGACAUUAUGGAUCCCAAAGAAACUAAGUUUACUGUUUGUUGUUACUGCUUUGAUCUAGAUUUCAAUUUUGUAGUAAAGCAUCUCUGUGCCACUUGAAUUAAAUUCUCACAUGCAUAAAGGGAGAAUUAAACAUGUUUAAAGAUAGUGAGGUGAGACUGAACACACGCAGUAAAGGCUCCUUAUGUUUGAUAGAAAAGAGUUUAGGGGGAGUAUUAUCACUGUUUCAUUCAGUCUGCUGUCUUUUGACACCAUAGCAGAGUAAAAGCUCUGCAAUAUUUUCAGUAGCUCACAGGGGCACUUCCAAAGACAGUCGUGAUCCUCAGGGUGCCUCUCUGUGUGGAUACAGGCAGGAUGUGUCAAACCCAGCCCCUCUCUCCCUCCAUAUAUCCCUUUCAUCAAUGCCUCGAGACAUUUACAGCUUCAUGUUCGUGGCUUAAAAAGCAGGUUACUGAGCUGAGAGAUGAGCCUCUGCCGCUGUCAGGUGAAUGACGCAAGUGAGAAAUGAAUGGCACAUGAUGCACUUUAGAUAAAUAAAAUGGACCUCUGUCAUGUAUUUUACACACAUGGUGCAUGGCUCUGCUUGCAAGGGGCGCAUGAUGCAAAGAAUGUAUACAAUGCUGAUUUGUAAUUCAGAACAUGGGAACGGAAAGAUCCAGUUAUUUUUAUAUUCCUUAAGAAAUAUUGCUUCACAUGUUCUUAAUAUGGCCUUUAAAUGCACGGACACUGUGGCAGAGUCCCAUCUCAGCUCAAGAACCUGGACAUACCACUAUUGGCAUAUUCAUCUCAACAAAACUACACAGUUUUGCUUAUUUGUAAAGAAUUAUGUUGAGUGAAAUGAAUGCAGUAAAUUUUGGAAGGUGUUUUAUUUAAGACUGGGGAAUUAAGUUGGGAAGGAGGAAAAAGGUUGUAAGAGUCAUUUUUUGAUAGAUGUGAAAUCAAAAUUCAGUGGCAAACUAUUUGAUAAAAUAAUGUUAAUUAAACUGUAAUAAAAAAUAAUUUUAUACAAUCUUCUGUGUUGAGAUACAAAGUACAGAUUCUGAAAGAUUCUGAUCAGCGGUUGGUAGGCCUAGUUACUGCUGUCAGUUUCAUAUGUAACUCUGCUACCUGCCUUAAAAGGCCUGCAAUUAAACAAAAUCUACAUCAGAGUAGAUUUUGUACACCCUGAAAACAUGGACAAAGAAUAGAUGCAGAAGUCCUUUCAGACCCAUAGAAUUACAAUAUACUAAAAGGAUUUUUUUUUUUUUUUACCCUUCGAUGCUAAAAAAAACAACCCCAAAACAAUAAUUAUUAAAUAUUGCAGCUCUAACUUCCUUGGGAUAAAUGUAUGGAGUCAAAAUAAAAAUAAGUCCUCCAGUAAGGCACAGAUAGCACACAUCUCUCCUUAAGUACAGUAACAGAGUACUUGUACCUCAACCUCUGGGCACAUGCAGUAGCUGCAGACCUGUUUUAUUCUAUUGUGUCCUUCAUUACUUAUUUGUAUAUACAGAUACAAUACAGGAAAUUGGUUCAGUGAUUUUUUUCAUGCAGAUAAAUCUCUAAUUACAACUUUCCUACUUUUAAUUUCAUCUCUGAAAAUCAAAUGCACAUUUACCAGUCUUUUAAAAACCAUGUAAAUAAAUACUGCAUUCAUUUCAAUACAAAGGUGUCUUAUAUUGAAUAAGAUGACUGCAUUGUACUGAUACACUGAUGCAGUCCUUUUCCUCCAGCAUUAUGAAUGUGAGUGACGAUAGACACUGGUUUGGUUUAUCUGGUGACCCAUCCUCAUUUCACUCUCAGUCUUAGUAAUAACAAGCCACAGACAUCUGUGGGUUAAAGUCACAUUUAACGUCACAUCGGGUAAAAUCACUGCAGUACAGAGUGAAUGAGUGAUGAGUUACCACACGCAGCAGACACUUUCCUUCACUGCCAUACCUUAAACCCUUCCCUUGAUCACCUUAUCGACCUGAUGGAUAAGAUUCACACCAACCUCUUAUGACAAGGAUUCAGCUUGAGUUUGAUAUAUUCAUUGACGUGUAGAUGAAGUGUUAAGGGGAAUCCUUUGCUGGUGGGUGUUUCUACAGUUUGAUUGUGUGUAAUGAUUGAAAAGAGGGACUUCAGUGGAAAACCCAACACUCAUUUUGUUUUGUACCAUGUUACAUUUUGACUGUGCUGGGUUUUUUUUUUUUCAGCUUUUUUCCCCCUUUAAUGUUUAUGGAAACAUGUAUUUUUUGUUCAUGUACUAUAUAUUUGGUUUUGUCUUGUACCACAGUAUAGCCAUUGUCAUUGCCAUUUUAAGUCAUUAUUUCAACUGAAAGAAAAAAAAAGAAGCAGAUCAAUAUUUGAAGCAAAAUAAACACAGUAAUUUUUAUGGA